AUGGAGAAUGGAAUACUGGAGGUAUUCCCCAAACUUGAGAAGGUCCCAGAGGAGAUUGGAAGCAAGUUCAAGUAUAUGAUAGCAUGCUAUCUACGCACCAAAAGGGAGAGUUCUAAGCUCAAGCCGUUUAGGAUUUUCAAGCACUUAGGACAUGUCUACAAUGAAGAAGGCGACCUGGUGUGUUUGUUCAAGGCUUCCAGAGAUGCAAAGAGAGAAGCAGCGGUCUACAUAUUGGAUCAUCCUCUUACUGGACACCGUUCUGCCUCUUCGGAACUCAUCGGCUUUGGUGGUGCCACACCCACGAGUCUUCAUCCGGACAGAGGAAACAUCAGGAUGCUUGGUAUGUUCCGUACUCUUCCUGAAGAAAUAAGUAGGCUUUCUAUCUUCCAUCUCCGGUUUGGAUGUGCGGACUCUCACGCUAGGAACACUGUCACAAAAGUGGAUGCUCAAAAGUUACACCAUUUGACUCCAAUUGAUUUUGAAGAGUGUUUCACUGGAGAUUAUAAACUAAGAAGAGUCUGGUGGGAUGAGCGCGAGGAGUCGAAGGAAGCUUACUCGGACCAAGUGGUUACUUAUGUUGUGAAUAGGCUCGACGUUGAUGAAGACAUUGCAUUCUUGAAGAGAUGCGGUUGGGUAGUGCCACGGGAGAUAUCAGUUCCCUACAAAAUCUUUACCUUUUUUGUGAAGAUGGGGGUUCAACUUAAUCUCACUGCGGCUCAUAUGGUGGUUAUCGCCCAGAAUAAUCACAAGACUCAAGCUUUCAACCUUCUUAACAUGCUAGGUGAUCAGACACUAGAAGAUGAUGUCUUUGUUCAGAAAUCACACGAGAAGAUUGAAGACCGACUGAGACAAUAUUCUGAGAGGUUCCUUUGA